AUGCCUUCAGGUCGUCACGCACGCCUCCAGGUCGUCGCGGACGCCUCUAGGUCGUCACGGACGCCUCCAGGUCGCCACGGACGCCUUCUGAUGCCUUCAGGUCGUCACGCACGCCUCCAGGUCGUCGCGGAACCUCUAGGUCGUCACGGAUGCCUCCAGGUCGUCCGUGACGCCUCCAGGUCGUCACGCACGCCUCCAGGUCGUCACGGACGCUUCCAGGUUGUCACGGACGCCUCCAGGUUGCCACGGACGCCAAUAGGUCGUCACGGACGCCUCCAGGUCGCCACGGACGCCUCCAGGUCGUCGCGGACGCCUCCAGGUCGUCACGGACGUCUCCAGGUCGCCACGGACGCCUCCAGGUCGUCGCGGACGCCUCCAGGUCGUCGCGGACGCCUCCAGGUCGUCGCGGACGCCUCCAGGUCGCCACGGACGCCUCCAGCUCGUCACGGACGCCUCCAGGUCGCCACGAACGCCUCCAGGUCGUCGCGGACGCCUCCAGGUCGUCGCGGACGCCUUCAGGUCGUCGCGGACGCCUCCAGGUCGUCGCGGACGCCUCCAGGUCGUCGCGGACGCCUCCAGGUCGUCACGGACGCCUUCAGGUCGUCACGGACGCCUCCAGGUCGUCACGGACGCCUUCAGGUCGUCACGGACGCCUCCAGGUCGUCACGGACGCCUCCAGGUCGUCACGGACGCCUCCAGGUCGUCGCGGACGCCUCCAGGUCGUCACGGACGCCUCCAGGUCGUCACGGACGCCUCCAGGUCGUCACGGACGCCUCCAGGUCGUCACGGACGCCUCCAGGUCGUCACGGACGCCUCCAGGUCGUCACGGACGCCUCCAGGUCGCCACGGACGCCUCCAGGUCGUCACGGACGUUUCCAGGUUGUCACGGACGCCUGCAGGUCGCCACGGACGCCUAUAGGUCGUCACGGACGCCUCCAGGUCGUCGCGGACGCAUCCAGGUCGUCACGGACGCCUCCAGGUCGCCACGGACGCCUCCAGGUCGUCGCGGACGCCUCCAGGUCGUCGCGGACGCCUCCAGGUCGUCACGGACGCCUCCAGGUCGUCACGGACGCCUCCAGGUCGUCACGGACGCCUCCAGGUCGUCGCGGACGCCUCCAGGUCGUCGCGGACGCCUCCAGGUCGUCGCGGACGCCUCCAGGUCGUCGCGGACGCCUCCAGGUCGUCGCGGACGCCUCCAGGUCGUCGCGGACGCCUCCAGGUCGUCGCGGACGCCUCCAGGUCGUCGCGGACGCCUCCAGGUCGUCGCGGACGCCUCCAGGUCGUCACGAACGCCUCCAGGUCGUCACGGACGCCUCCAGGUCGUCACGGACGCCUCCAGGCCGUCACGGACGCCUCCAGGCCGUCACGGACGCCUCCAGGUCGCCACGGACGCCUCCAAGUCGCCACGGACGCCUCCAGGUCGUCACGGACGCCUCCAAGUCGCCACGGACGCCUCCAGGUCGUCACGGACGCCUCCUGAUGCCUCCAAGUCGUCACGGACGCCUCCAGGCCGUCACGGACGCCUCCAGGCCGUCACGGACGCCUCCAGGUCGCCACGGACGCCUCCAAGUCGUCACGGACGCCUCCAGGUCGUCACGGACGCCUCCAGGUCGUCACGGACGCCUCCAGGUCGUCACGGACGCCUCCAGGUCGUCACGGACGCCUCCUGAUGCCUCCAAGUCGUCAUGGACGCCUCCAGGCCGUCACGGACGCCUCCAGGCCGUCACGGACGCCUCCAGGCCGUCACGGACGCCUCCAGGUCGCCACGGACGCCUCCAAGUCGCCACGGACGCCUCCAGUUCGUCACGGACGCCUCCAGGUCGUCACGGACGCCUCCAGGUCGUCACGGACGCCUCCAGGUCGUCACGGACGCCUCCAGGUCGUCACGGACGCCUCCAGGUCGUCACGGACGCCUCCAGGUCGUCGCGGACGCCUCCAGGUCGCCACGGAAGCCUCCAGGUCGUCGCGGACGCUUCCAUGUCGUCGCGGACGCCUCCAGGUCGUCGCGGACGCCACCAGGUCGUCACGGACGCCUCCAGGUCGUCACGGACGCCUCCAGGUCGUCACGCGGACGCCUCCAGGUCGUCACGGACGCCUCCAGGUCGUCACGAACGCCUCCAGGUCGUCACGAACGCCUCCAGGUCGUCACGGACGCCUCCAGGGUCGUCACGGACGCCUCCAGGUCGUCACGGACGCCUCCAGGUGGUCACGGACGCCUCCAGGUCGUCACGAACGCCUCCAGGUGGUCACGGACGCCUCCAGGUCGUCGCAGACGCCUCCAGGUCGUCGCGGACGCCUCCAGGUCGUCGCGGACGCCUCCAGGUCGUCACGGACGCCUCCUGA